AUGAGUACAGGCAGGUUGCUCAGAACUGAGUAUUUAUCCUGGAUGUUGGAUGUGGGCAACGUGACCGGGGGCCUGUCCCAGGGCUCAAUCCUGCAGCCUGCCUGGGACUACCUCCACCAGAACCACCACGACUUCCUGAGGAGUCCUCUCUUCCCUGUGGUCCUCUCCGUCAGCACCUACUUCUUCCUGGUUGGCCUUUACACAGUGCUGGACCUGUUGGCUCCCUCCUGGCCGUGCAUCAACCGCUACAGGCUCCAUCCUGACAGACCUGUCACGUGGCCCAACAUCUGGACUACCCUGGGAGUCACCAUCUACAACCAUCUGCUCUAUGUCUUCCCUGCUGCAGUCGCACAGUGGAUGUGGAGGCCGCCGACUCCACUGCCACGGGAAGCGCCCACUCUCUGGGGCUUCUUCCUGGGUAUCCUGGGCUGCAUGGUGGUCUUUGACUUUCAGUACUACGUCUGGCACCUAUUGCACCACCGGGUUCCAUGGUUGUACCGCACAUUCCAUGCCGUGCACCACCAGUACAACCAGCCCUUCAGCCUGGUCACCCAGUAUCUGUCAGGGUGGGAGUUAUUCAGCGUGGGAUUUUGGGCCACAGUAGACCCCAUCCUGCUCCAGUGCCACUGUCUCACCACAUGGGGCUUCAUGGUCUUCAACGUCUACGUCUCUACUGAGGACCACUGCGGCUAUGACUUCCCAUGGGCCAUGCAUAAUCUGGUGCCCUUUGGCCUUUGGGGUGGCGCACCCAAGCAUGAUGCUCACCACCAAAAGCCCGGCACUAACUUUGCUCCAUUCUUCUCUCACUGGGACCGGCUGGGAGGCACCCACACUGUGCCAAAUCCCUCCAGCCAUGCUGCCACGGGAGACCCAGACGAGAUGAAAGGGAAGAAAGACUAA